AUGGAUCAUCCGCAACAGACGUCGCAUUCAAGACCACGCAUGCCGCUUUCUUCACAUACCAGGUCUUUUGCAGCCGCCUUGAAACCAGACAAGGCAACGCUUCCACGCUUGGGACAGUAUCUGAAAGCUUUCUUCCUGGAUCACUGGCUCGACCUCGUUUGUAUCCUUGCCAUCGCGGGUGUAACGGGUGUGAUCUGGAUCAUUCCUGCCCGUCCGCCUCUUCUCUUCCCGCUCCUCAGUCCUGACGGUGCCACUUACAAUCCCUCCAUCGGCUACCCUUAUCUAACGCCCAUAUUUUCUUCUCUUCUGACAGGCAUUCUCUGCGGCUUCGUACCGCUUGUAGUGAUCUUGCUCUCACAAAUCUUCAUCCGAUCCUUCGCUGACUUCUCCUCCGCUACUCUGGGCCUCCUGUACUCACUGGUUACGGGGACCUGCUUCCAAGUCAUCCUGAAGAAGUCCAUCGGCGGACUCCGACCACAUUUCCUCAGUGUCUGCAAUCCGGUCGUCCCAAAUGGAUAUGUCGGCUCUGGAUAUAACGGCAUGAUGUACCGCGUUGGAGAUGUCUGCACAGGCAGCCCCAAAGACAUUGACAACGCGGUACAAUCGUUCCCCUCAGGACACAGUGAGAUUGCGUUUGCCGGCCUGGGGUACCUCUCGCUGUACCUCUUCGCCCACCUUCGCAUUGGCGACGCCUCCAGACCCCGGAAACGGGGAUUCUGGCGCAUGAUCCUGGUCCUCACGCCGAUCCUGUUUGCGACUUACAUCUCGAGCACGCUCGUCUUGGGAUAUCACCACCACGUGCAUGAUUGCUUGUUUGGCGCCGCGAUUGGCUGUUUGACCGCGACGUUGGGGUAUAGGAUUGCGUUUCGGAGUUUGCUAGAUGCGAGGAUGAACUGGAGACCCAGGGUCGGGAAGAGGUUGAAGAGGGCCGUGGACGUGGAGACGGAGAAGGGAAGCCACCUGCAAGGGCGAGCGGGAAGAGUGGCUGGUGUUGAUGAUGGCACAGGGCUCGACAGUGCAUUGAGAAGGCCGAGUCCUGUUGAGAGAAGUAUGCGAGACGAUAGCGACACGGGGAAUGAGCUUGAGGCGGAUACUCGCGUUUGA